CAUCCUGAAAGCCCUUUGUUUGCCCUCUUAGCCAAUCGAGGCGGAUUACGACACCAGCUGAGGUUCUAUAAAGGCGCCUCCACGCUCAGCAACAUCCUCCAACAAGGCUGUUUAAACCUGCAAUAUACCGGAGCGGUGAAACAAAACAAAACAAAACAACAACAACAACAACAACAAUACACCUCCAUCCCUCUAUCUUUCCAUCAGUGUACGGGGAGCAAAUCAGAUCUGUCGUUCUUGGGAUGCAUUAAGUCUCUUGUUUUUUUUUUUUGUUGUUGUUUGUUAUGGAACUCACGCAAAAGGACAUUUGAUUUAAACCAGUUGGAGGAUUUUGCACUUUGCAGUUGACAAACUUUGCAUCACGUUGGAAAGAGAGAAAGGAGGAUAAAAGCACGCUGAGGAUGGCGCGCGCUAACUUUUGGCUGUGCUUGACGGUGCUCGUGGCGCUCGAGCUGUGUGGCAGCGACGAGCCCGAGUUGCUAUCGCGCGCAGCGGCGCCCUCUGAAGUGCCCGUGAUGGCCGUUAUGCCCUCGUCCGUUUCCCUGCUCGAGGUGAUGCACGAGGAGGAAGUGCCGGCAGAGGAGGAGGAGGCGGAGGAGGAGGCAGCCGGCGCGCGCCAGUGCUCGGCAUGCGCGUGGCGGGAGCAGAGCCGCGCGCUACGCCUCCAGACCAUCAAAACGCAGAUCCUGAGCAAGCUGCGUCUCAAGCAAGCGCCCAACAUCAGCCGCGCCGUGGCCGAGCAGCUGCUUCCCCGCGCGCCGCCGCUGCAGCGCCUCCUCGACCAGCACGACUUCCAGGGAGACGCGGCUGGAAUAGGAGCAGCGCGAGAGCUGGACGACUUCACCGAGGCGGAUGAGUAUCACGCCACCACUGAGUCCGUGAUCGCAAUGGCCUCAGAGCCGGAGCCAAUAGUCCAGGUGGAUGGAAAACCAAACUGCUGUUUCUUCAAGUUCAGUCCCAAGUUGAUGUUCACUAAAGUGCUGAAGGCCCAGCUCUGGGUUUAUCUGCGGCCACUGCAACAAACCUCUACUGUUUACCUGCAGAUCCUGCGUCUUAAACCUGUAACUGAUCAGGGCAGCCGCCACAUCCGCAUCCGCUCCCUCAAGAUCGAGCUCAACUCACGAUCAGGCUACUGGCAGAGCAUUGACUUUAAACAUGUCUUGCAGAACUGGUUCAAGCAGCCACACACAAAUUGGGGCAUUGACAUAAAUGCAUUUGAUGAAAGUGGCAACGACUUGGCUGUGACCUCACUAAGGCCUGGAGAAGAAGGGCUGCAGCCGUUCCUGGAGGUGAAGGUUCUCGAGACGACAAAGCGUUCGCGUCGUAAUCUUGGCCUGGACUGCGACGAGCACUCAACUGAAUCUCGCUGCUGCCGCUACCCACUCACAGUGGACUUUGAGGCAUUCGGAUGGGAUUGGAUCAUCGCUCCUAAGCGCUACAAGGCCAACUACUGUUCAGGCCAGUGUGAGUACAUGUUCAUGCAGAAGUACCCACACACCCAUUUGGUGCAGCACGCUAAUCCUCGAGGCUCGGCCGGCCCUUGCUGUACGCCCACCAAAAUGUCACCCAUAAAUAUGCUCUAUUUUAACGACAAGCAACAGAUCAUCCACGGAAAGAUUCCCGGCAUGGUGGUGGAUCGCUGCGGCUGCUCUUAGACACGAAAGCUGGCUCAUUUGGUCUGUUCAUGACUGUUCAAGUGUCUCCUGUUUUGCUUUCCUCUUACGUCCUGGAAGAGUGACACAAAGAUCAAGGAGGCCAAAUUUAGCUUGUUUCUUUAGUCAGCUAAUAACAGAAUAAUUCAUGGUAAAAGUGGGAAAAACCCGACGCCGAAGGGCAGAGAUUUCUGUGAACAAUUUGGCAGUUUGAAGACCGGCUGGUGAGAGAAGAGCGAGACCUUUAUUUAUUCCUUUUCUGUGUUAGGUUUUUUUUUUUUAUGUGUUUGUUGCUCCUGGUUUUGAUUUGACGUGUUUGAUUUUAACUGUUUAAUAGUUGUAAAAUAGAUAUUUUUAAAUUGGCUCCAAAGUGAAUAAGCCAGUUUUUAAGCCUGUUCAUUCUGUCUUACCGAAAGGGCGAAAACACAAUACCGAGUAGGGAUCAUGAAAUGCCCUCUGUAAAUACUGCGACAGUGAAGUCAAUGCUGUUUCUUGCUGUUACCUGCUAGAACCAAGAAUAUUCGCAGCUCUGGUGUACGAGUUUAAUCAACACAUCUAAACGAAUCAGAUUAAAACCAUAGUUUAAGCAUGUGCUCAUAUCAAACUGUAAUAUCAUGAUAGCUGCCUAACCGUUUUAAAAGGUUUAAAAAUGACAUGUUACUUAUUUAAAAAGUUACCUAUGAAAAAAAUCAUUAUAUGUUUACCUGCAAAUGUUAGAUACAAAACAGGCAAUUAACUUACUUGGUUUGACUGUAUUGGUACUUCAAAUGUUAAACAAACGGACAGAAUUGCCCUUGCACAGAAUGAUACUUAGAAUGUUCUUUCCAGUUUGUCCUAAACAAAACAAAACAAAACAAAACUAAAAAAGACAGGUGUCCUUAUGCUGCUUCUGGGACAGAUUUUCUUCCUCGAGGGCACAAAUCCUGCCAUGAAAAUGUCGCCUACCUAGGCAACCUAAUUAUACAGGCGGAGUUGAAUAGGAAGAGAGAAAUCCUCAUUUUCAAAAUGAAGAAAACCCACAUCACCUUAUAGAAAGUAAAAUAUAAACUGUACUUCGCCAUAUCUUUAAUCCAAAGAAGCUGAAAACUAUUGACUUCAUUGUCCCAAUACUUAUGGUGGGAACCGAUUAUUUAAACAUGACAUUCGUCCAAAAUUCGAAACCGUAUCCCCCCCCCGAGCAUCUAUACUUUAUUUCAUCCAAAAAGCAUAGUAUAUUAGAGAAGCAAAAAUAUGCCAAAAGAGACCUACAGUAGGUAAACAUGCUAAAGCAGACCCCCCACCACGCACUGCAAAUGCAGCUAGCACCCCAGUGCGACAUUCCCAAGAAUCCAGGCACCCUUUCAUGGCCACUUUGAUCUCCUUUUUACUCAUCAUCUUGUAAAAGACAAAAAGAAACCAGAAGAGAAAGGGGUUUUUCAAGACUUUUCAAUGAGGACAGGAAAAGGGGUUUGACUAGGCAAUCGAAUUACGACCACAGCACUGACUUACACACACAAAGCCUGACCUUUAGAGCAUCAGCUCCAGAAACUGGUCAACCACAACUAGUCCAAAAUAUUAGAUUGCAAGGGGAUCCAUAUUUUUCAAUAAUGCUUUAAAAAAAAAACUUAAAAAAUAAUAAUAAAAAAAAAACUACUGUAUUAUAUACUUUUCCAUUCAUAUUAUGGGUGUUUUUUAAAAAUACUUUAUGUAAACAAAAGACUUAGUAUAAAUUUGUCCAAUUUGAGUUACAGGGCCUUUAGAUGAAGCUUACUUAAAAGUAUUUUCAUACAUCAGAUGUAGGCAUGUGCUGAGGAAGUGUCCUAUAUACUGAUAUUGUAUGUGAUAUUUAGCGCAGCAUAUCAUUAUCAGCACGUGAUCAGAUGCACUAGGCCGUCCCCGUCGUACUCACAGUUGCUGGGUUACGCUUAAUUAAGAUUCAGCAUGUAGCAAACUGAACAUUUCAAGAAAAAUAUCGUUUAUUGAUUUUUCGGUUGUUUCAUGACAUAUCACUCCAUUAUUACUCCUUACUAAUCCUUAAUGGUAUGAUGAACUUAAGUGCUUAAAAGGGAAAAAAAAAAAAAAAUAAAUUAAGAAGUCUCAUCCUCACUAGAUGUCUAAGCAAAGAAGAAUAUCUCUCUGUUGGAAAACGAAAGCACUAUGCUGUUGGAUAAAGGAGACGCCUUCUGAUGUUAUAUAUAAAUAAUAUAUGUAUAUAAUUUUUUUUUUUUUUUUUUUUUUAAAAGGGGUACAAAAGAACCUUUCUGGGCACUCUACCUUACCAACUAUAAAUUUUGCACUAUGGGAAUGGCAAGAGAAGUCAUGUCUGUAUUUGUAUUAUACCUUUUCAAGCACAAGAGCUUGUACAUGGACUGUAACAGUUGAGAAAAGAAAAAAAAAGAAAAAAAAAAAAAAAAAAAAGGAAAAAAAGGACGAGUUUAUGGAGUGGAUAUACAGUGACUGUCCAUCAUAUUUUUUCUCCAUCUUUACUCUUUCUUGAUGUUAUCCCCCUACCCCCCCACUCAUCUUCUAAAGCGGAGACCUGGCAUCAUUUCCUUCCCACAGAAUUAACAUUACUGAACAAAUGAACAUUCAUCCUGUUUGGAGAGCAUCACUGGACUGUAUUUGUGACGGAAUCCAGAAUCUCUCUCUCUCUCUAUGAGCAUCUUACGCUUUUUGUCCUGAUCACUUGCAGCGUCGACAUCGGUGUCUAUACUUUGGAUGCAUUUCAUUUUGGUUUUUAAGAAUUAUAACAGGGAGAUAAUCAUUAUGCUGAAGUGCAGUGGUUGUGAGUCUGGAAAGUUUUCCAAGGAUUCAAAUCCCAUUGACCAACGGCGUGGAAAAACCCGUAAGCCAACUUUGCUCAGCUCUGUGCUCGGACUGGAUUCUGCCUUGCUGCAGGUCGCUUCGGUUCAAAGUGACUGUCCAAUUAAUAAAACGCUAGUAGCUGCAGGAACCUCUAGAGGAUGUUUACUUCGUAGAUGUGAAAUGGAAGUUACAUAUAAAUGCAAUGUUGUGUGGUAGGUGGCAGCAGGUGGCAGUAUACACUCAUUGUUAAGAAUAUUAAGAGAAAUGCGCAGAAUGAAGUGCAUGGUAGUUAAUUUAUCUACAGUUUACCGCAUUGGGAAGUUAUUGGUUGGGUUCAUGUUAAUUACCUUUACUGAAAUGUAUGUAAAGAUCCUGCUAUUAAAGCUCUCAUUUGCUGUCAUCAUAAAUACCACUACAGUAUUUCCAUACGCAAGUUAAAUACAUGAAUUUUGCCUAAUAAUAGUGCAAUAUUUCAAUGAUGGAUAGUAUUGGUAUAUUCUGGUUGGAGUAUGUGCAUUGUGAUGUUGGAUCAUUAUGGGAAUUUAUGUUCAAAACACAGAUGAUUAGAUGUUUCUCCAAGUAUACUUAACUCCUGCCAUUUUAGGUUUCAUUUGCACCAGUGUUUUAUAUUUCUCUGCUUGUGUGAAUAGUAUUGCACUUUGGCCAAAAAUGUAAAUGUACACAAUGCUCUCCUUAAUCCAAAUGGAACCAAUACGCCAAGACGCGUGUGGCGCUUCGAUUUUGCUUACUUGGUAAUGGACAAAGAGGCUAACGAGAGCGAACACGUCAGGUAAGCUUAUAGCUGCUGGCUUAGCAUUUCCUAACUCAAACACAAGUACCUCAGACGGUCUUGCUUAUUCGGUCGAUGACACCGAUAUGCUGUCUGUAAACAAUAAAGGCUGUCGGGACUUAAAACCGAGGUUGCGUCCAUAUCGAAGCAGAACGAUGGUCACUCUGCGCUCUUGGCGAUAUUUGUAUUUCAGAAGUUUCCGGCGAUGUUUCGGUACAAAUGUCAACUAAUAUCUUUUGAGGCAAGUGUGUAAUUACUUAAGACACAUUCGAUACACUUACUUGCUAGCUAAAUUAGCCUCCAGUGCAAAACUAAAGGAACAAACGUCAGACAUUCAACAUGCUGAUCGACUACGUUAAAUAUGUAAAAGCAAGACAUUUCGUUUUUGGCCGAACUGUUCCUAUUGUAAUUGUGUUUUCAAUACAGGUAAAACUCGAACAUUUCAUGAAUUCAGAAUGAAGUUAACAGGGCACUGCCAUCACGUGGUCAGUGUUACGACGGUAAACGAAUGGACUGAAAUAUAGAUCUUACCUUUACAUCACAUGAAGUAUGGGCACUUCCUGCAUAGCAGAUAAAGCAUGUGGAGGCAGUGUGGAGGCAUCAAUAUCAUGUAAGGACACGGAGGACUGGACACGAAGCUAAAUCUGUGGAUGAAAAGGACUGGAAAACUGUGGACCCUUUAUGCGUAAUUAAACGAGCAAGGAUGUUCUCACAGUGUAAAUAAAGCUUUCAGCAUUUCAGCAGAGAAAGCGACGCGAGCUGAACAGGUUCUCCACUUUGAAGCGUCGUUUUUUGUUUUUUUUGCUGUCUCAUCCACUUUUUUUUUUUUUUUUUUUGAUGCUGUGUAGAUGAAUGAAUUAUAAAUUUGUAGGUUGAAUUUUGUGCAAAUGAAUAAUUGGUUUCUUUGUUUUUGUUCGUUUGG